GCCAUGAGUGGGGUCCAAAGCCGCGUUUCUCCCUCUCCUUGGGUGACUUCCCGAGCCACCCUUGUGGCCUCAUGGUUGCGAACUCGGGCAGUUUUGAGAGAGUGGACACUCCCGCCGACCCUGAAGUUUUCGGGAUUGGGAAGGUUUGGAGAGGUCCUGGGAGCCCAGUGUCUGGCUCCCCGAGAGACGUUGAUAGUGAUGAGCCAUUUGAAGCAACAAAAAGUCAAGAUGUUGGAAGUUCAAUUUGUAGGGGAUGAUGAUGUUCUUAAUCACAUUCUUGAUAAAGAAGAAGGGGCUAAAUUUCGAAAAGAUCGUGCUCAAGUUUUAGUCAAUGUGAAGAAACUAAUGAAGAAGCAGGAAAAUGACCAAGAUGAAGAUGACCAGGAUGAUUUAAAAGAUGAGAACUAUGUUGAUAUUCUAGGAGCAGACUCCCAAGAAUACUUGAAAAAUGGCUGUGUUGCUAGUGGUGGAAAUAAAGUUUAUUCUUUUCAGACUAGAAAAAAACCUGAAAAGAUGGCAGAACUAGCUUAUGAAAUAGCAAAAACAUCAGGGAAGAGUGUUCCAUUGAUUUGUAAGAAUACUGAAAAGAUGGCAAGCACUCCACAAAGUAGCAAGAAGCAAUCCACUUCAGAGAAAGACCAGUUGAAGAGUGAUGAGAAAAAUGAAUUUCUGUCAACACCUUACAGACUAAGGAAACGACUAACAGCAGUUUCUACCUUUCCCUCUGACACUGAAAGUGAAUAUUCUGAUUCAAACUCAGAAGAUGAUAAAGGGAUAAAACAGGAAGAAGAGAAGAUAAGUGAAGUCUUAAUGGAUCAAAAGAGACUGACUAAGCACAGUUCACUUUCUUCAUCUUCUUGCAAAAAAGUAUCAGCUAAAAAAAUGAAGAAAGACACAACAACUGACUUAGUAGAAGAGUAUUUUGAAGCUCACAGCAGUUCAAAAGUUUUAACAUCAGAUAGAACAUUGCAGAAACUUAAGAGAACUAAACUGGAUCAGCAAACUUUGCACAACCUGUUGAGCAAGUUUUCUCCUCCUUUUUCUGCUGAGCUAAAACAAUUAAAUGAACAGUAUGAACGGCUGUUUCACAAGUGGAUGUUGCAAUUACACCUAGGGUUCAACAUUGUGCUUUAUGGACUGGGCUCUAAGAAAGAAUUACUAGAGAAAUUUCGUGCCUCCAUGCUGCAAGACUCAGUUCAUGUUGUCAUCAAUGGGUUUUUCCCUGGUAUUACUGUAAAAUCAAUUCUGAAUUCUAUAACAGAAGAAAUCCUUGAGCAUAUGGGAACUUUUCGAAGUGUUUUAGAUCAGCUGGACUGGAUAAUCAACAGAUUUAAAGAUGAUUCUUCGUUGGAACUUUUCCUCCUUAUCCAUAAUCUGGAUAGCCAGAUGUUGAGAGGAGACAAAAGCCAGCAAAUUCUUGGACAACUAUCAUCUCUGCCUAAGAUUUACCUCAUUGCUUCUAUUGAUCACAUCAAUGCCCCCCUCAUGUGGGAUCAUUCAAAACAAAGCCUUUAUAACUGGUUGUGGUAUGAAACUACUACAUAUAGGCCUUAUACUGAGGAGACCUCCUAUGAGAACUCUCUACUUGUCCAGCAAUGUGGAACACUAGCUCUUAGCUCCCUUAUACAUGUUUUCCGAAGUCUUACUCCAAAUGCAAGGGGGAUUUUCAGGCUCCUAAUAAAGUAUCAGCUAGAGAAUGAAGAAAACCCAUCUUAUAUAGGGCUUUCUUUUCAAGAUUUCUACCAGCAGUGUCGAGAAGCAUUUCUGGUUAACAGUGAUCUGACCCUUCGGGCACAACUAACUGAAUUCAGGGAUCACAAGCUUCUGAGAACGAAGAAGGGAACUGAUGGAGUGGAGUAUUUGUUGAUUCCUAUUGACACUGGGACCUUAUCUGAUUUCUUGGAGAAAGAGGACAAAGAGGCUUGAAGAUUUCCCUUGAACCUUAAUCUCCCGUGGCAUCUAAGGGCUGCUAUAGAGGAACCUGUGCUCCACUUGCUGCCUCUAUAACCAAAAGCACUAUGUUUACUUACCAGCAGUAGAUUAUUUUUCCAGCAUGCAAGAUUUUAAAACUCAACAAAAUGUCAUCAAAUUUAAUUCUUUUGACUGCUCUGAAUGAUCUAUUUAAGUAAUGCCAUCUCAAAUACUAUGCCUAUACCCUCAAACUGGAUAAAAUGUGCCUUUCUUUGAUUACCUCUCUGGAGAGUCUUGGCUGUUUAAAGUAGUUUGCUCAGGGACUAUUUGAAACUGAAGGUUUUGGAUUCCAUUUUAUACUUGGGAAGGUGAUAUCCUUAAUUUUCUGAGGGCCCUUUUAAACAGUCCCCAAACUGACCAGUUGCAAGCAUGCGAGUUCCAGAGGUUGAACUACUGAGGUAUGAGCAUCCACUAAAUGGGUUUGUGUGCAGAUCUGUAUCUCUGAGCUGCUGUGUGCAAUGAGUUUUUAAAGUGGUUUUUAUUGUUGUUUUUGCUGUUGUUGUUUUAAUGCAGCAAACACCAAGAAUUAAUUGGUGCUUUUUUUGGAAGGAAUAGAAAAUAGUUCUUUUCCCUCUUUUGGAUUUAUACUAAAUGAGAGAGGAGUGUGGAGAGCGACACACUAUUUAUUGGUAGGGGGAGAAACAAAUGUGAAAGAUGGGUGGAAGGAUUACAUAGUGUCCAUCUUACAGAGGGGCACUCUAACAACAGAGUAUAACCUAGAACAAUGGUUCUCACGCAACCAAGGGUUGCUGUUCUUAGAUCCUAGGUAUCUGUUAUCUGACACAAGUUGGAGGCCAGAUUAGAACAGGAACUGAACUCUUUGAUUAAGUUUUAGUAAUUGAUUUCAAUGGUAAAUAAAAAAUGUCAGUAUUCCUGUAUUUUGCCUUUUUAAAAAAUAUAUAGUUCAUUACUUUCAUAACAUACAGGUAUGUUACAGGUAAGUGGUUUUAAACUUUAUUUCUAUUAACAGUAAAUGAAAUAAAACAUAAAACAAAUACCUUA